GGGACUUUAUAAAAACCAAAUUGAAUGUACGAGCUCUUGUAACUCUUAGAAUUAGAUCAUCCUCCUCCUUCAAAAUAUAAACUCUGUCAUUUGUUUGAGAAGGAGAGCUACUAUGGCUACAUUCGCAAGGUCUGAUUUGCUCUCUAUCUAAUUUUUUUUUGAAGGAUGUUCCUAUUUGUGAUCUAAUUUUGGCCGGAUAACUAAAUUUGUAAGACUGAAUCUGUUGAUUCUUCCCCUGGUUUGCGAAUUUAUGCUUUGUCGAUUCUCACUUGUUUGACAAUUUUUUGUCCGGUGGAAUCAAUAUUUCGAAAUCAGAAUGGAAUUACAUGAGUGUAUCAGAAUGUAGGUUUCGAACAAACAAGGUUUGUGUUGGCUUUUGUCUUGAGAUGAUUUGGUUUGGUUUGUAGCUAAUUUAUAUAUUUCUGCUAGCCACUAUCAGUGGAGCUUGGAUCAGGAAUAUUGGGAAAUAUCUUUUGAUGGAAUCAGGUUCAGUUGGAAUUUUAGAGUUUUAGAUUGGAAAUAACAUAACAAGUUAGAGAUUCUAGCUUCUCACUAUUGCUAGAGAGUAUUCUGUUAAUAACAUAAAGGCCUUUGGAGACUACUGCAAAGCUAUAGUCUUUUCUGAUAGUCAAAUUUUGAAAUGUAUGACUGUCUUUGAGAAUACGCUGACGACACACCAUGUCGCCCUUCCUCAUGAUGCAAUGGGGAAUAUAACUUGAGUAAAUUAACUGUUUACUUCUGAUAGAAUGUGACAGCUAUGACAAAUUCUCCCCUUCCUACAAAUCCGUGUGGAUGAUGCGUAACAUUAUUCAUUUCUACAACUUGGCCAAUCAGGCUAUUGACAGAGCAGCUGGAGUGGAUGGCUCAGACGGUUACUUACACUCUCAUCAAACAUCGCUUGGGAGAUCUUUUCUACCGCUUAGUGUUUCAGAAGUUUGAAGAUCCAGCUGAGGGAGAAGAUACACUUGUAGCCAAAUUCAAGAAACUGUAAUAAUGAUCUGACUUCUGGAGAACGCGCCUUGGAAGAUGGAACUCGAGAAGCAAGCAGUUUUCAGAAAUCGGAAGUAUUCGAGCAUCGAGCAUCAUCACAGUGGGGUAAUGAUGAGUCCAUGAAUCCAGGUUUUGAGCCCGAAAGAAAUAAGUGGUUGUUGUGAUAUAUGUUCUCGCUUCCUCUCUUCAUGAUUUCAUUUAUUUGUUGGUGUACAGACAAAAGGAAUAUUAACUCUUACGACAAG